CAGUCGAUGGAGGUCAAAGUUGGCCCAACUAUCAAGGUCUCAAUCAACGACAAUCAGACUGAGAGGAACAGCAUUGUCUUUCUCAAAGAGACAGAAAAUACAGUCAAGCAGCUCAAGUCUACAGACAAACCAAAACAGGAAAAACUCACAGCCAAGGAACUGCAACCUACAGCCAAACCAAAAGAGAUGACAAAACCAACAGCCAAACCCAAAGUGACGGUACAGACAAACUCCACACCCAAAACACAACAGACAAACCAUACACCCAAAACACUACAGACAAAACGUACACCCAAAACACAACAGACAAAAUCUACAGCCAAACCAGCAGUGCCAAAACACACAAUGAAGCUGACACAGACCACCAAGAGUAUCAAGACAAAGACAGGGAAACAUCAAAAGAAAGACAAAAUAAAUGAGAGGAAAGGUAAACCUCUGAAAAAGGACAACAAAACCAAAGAGACAAAACAGGAGAAGAAGGAGGGCACAAAUCCGGCAUACUUCCCCUACUUCAAAGACAACUACUGUCCCCUAGAAUGUGCCUGCUAUGGACGAGUGGUCCAGUGUUCCGACAAGGGGCUGGAGAAGGUUCCGUACGGCAUCCCUUAUAACUCCCGCUACAUCCUCCUGAUGAACAACCGCAUCGACAGCAUUCAGCUGGACCUGCUCAAUGAAUACCUGUCCAUGGAGUUCCUGGUGCUCAGCAACAACCGGCUGACAGACGGCUCCAUCGAGGGGGCCUUUGAGGGCAUCCCGGCCCUGAGGCGGCUCUACCUGGACCGGAACCUACUGGAGAGCGUGCCCACAGACCUGCCCGCCUCCCUGGAAGAGCUGCGUCUGGAUAACAACCGGCUUAAUGUGAUGUCAGAGGGAGCCUGGGCCAACUGCCCCGGCCUGCUGGUCCUCAGCCUGAGCAACAACAGCCUGGGGAAUGGGAAUGAUACUCUCCCCGCCAGUGUGCUCUCACCUCUGGGCAGCCUGCGCACCCUCAGCCUGGACCGCAACCGGCUGGCCUCGGUGCCUCUUGGCUUACCUCUAUCUAUCAGGGAGUUGUACCUCCGUGGCAACCUUAUCCAGCAGUUUCCAGGGGAGGCCUUCGUGGGUACCUCGGAGCUGGUGAUUCUGGAUCUGAGUGCUAACCGGCUAACCAACCAUGGCCUUCUCAGGGAGUCCCUCAUCAACGCCACCCACCUGGAGAGCCUCAACUUAGAGGGCAACCAGCUCAAGAAAGUACCCCGCCACCUCCCCUCUUCCCUCAAAACCCUGAACCUGGAGGGCAACCUCAUCUCCUCCGUGGGCAAAGCCUCCUUCCUCCACCUCCCCCACCUGGAGCACCUGGGCCUGGCCAGGAACAAGAUAGCCAGGGUGGCCUCGGGGGCCUUCAGGGCGCUGCCUGUCUUGUACCAGCUGGACCUGUGUCACAAUGCCCUGAGCCAGGUGCCCAGGCAGCUGCCCCGGGGGCUACACUCAGUGGCACUCACACACAACAAGAUCCACUCAGUGCCCCGCGACGCCUUCUGCUGGGGGGGUUCAGACCCCGGCCUCAGCAGCCUGGUGCUGGUGCAGCUGGAGCACAACCUCAUAGACCUGGGCCACAUGGACUCAAAAGCCUUCCACUGCCUCAGAGGCUUCCAGGUGGUACACUUCUACUGAGCUGCAGUCUAUAGAAUCCUGCAGGACAGUCAUACUGCAAGUAUGGAUUAUAGACAAUCCCACAACUAAAACCAAUUGCAGGGUUUUUUCUGCUCAACCUGAAAGUCCGUUGGGCUCUAAAAUGGCGGUAAAAUGUUCUGCAAUACACAGAGAAACAAACAUCAUGUCGGGAGCUGAUUUUGAUUCAACAUUACAAGGUAACAAUGCAAGAUGGCCAGUUGAGUGAACUUGGAUCUCAAUGUGGAUAGCUAUACUGUACUGUAUGUCGUCGCUUGGGUAAAGCUGUGAUUGAUGGAAGCCGUGGUGUUCAGAGAAAAUACUUACUGGAACCUCUCCCAUGAAGUCUGUGUUGAAAGACUAUGGCCUACUUAAAGGUCAAUGAUGCCACGUACAGUUGAAGUCGGAAGUUUACAUACACCUUAGACAAAUUCAUUUAAACUCAGUUUUUCACAAUUCAUGACAUUUAAUCCUAGUAGAAAUUCCCUGU